CUUUAUAUAGUGCCACCUUCCUCACUAGCUCCACACACUUAACAAUUGUUUCCUUCCAACUAUCGCUCUCUCUUAAACUUUCUUCCUCUCUCGCAAAAUGAAGCUUUCUUUGCGUUUGAUCUCAGCUGUUCUCCUCAUGUUUAUGAUAUUCGUCGCUUCAGGGAUGGGUCCAGUCACCGUGGAGGCACGCACGUGUGAGUCGAAGAGCCAUAAGUUCAGGGGUCCUUGUGUGAGCAGGCACAAUUGCGCAAAUGUGUGCCACAACGAAGGUUUUCAUGGAGGUAAAUGCCGUGGGUUCCGUCGUCGUUGCUACUGUACCAGACAUUGCUGAUCCAUCCAUCUCAAUCGAUUCUCAUAAAUCUUCAAUCCAUCGUCUCGUCUCUUCUCGUGUUUGUUUCUUUCUGUCUAAUAUUUCGUACAGUGCCAUGUUGCACUGUGUAUGUGUGUGUGUUUAAUGUGUUCUCGAAUAAGUCUUUGGUUUGUGUGUUUUUCGUUUUAUUGUAAUGUUAAAUUCUAAUGUUUAUUUUAAAGAAAAUCAAGAAGCGUCUACAGAGUUACCUAA